AUGAGGUGUCACAUUUGUCGAAAAACGUUCUUCACCGAGGAAGGCUUGACCCAUCAUCGGUUCGGCCAUCUCCGCGAAGACGAGAAGGUCGCCCUCGUGAAGCAGGGCUCGGGUCGGAUGUGCCUCUUUUGCCAUAAGAUAUUCGCCAACAUCCUCGCUUAUCAUGCCCACACGAAGGAGAAACCUUUCUCCUGCGACCAGUGUGGGGCGCUGUUUGGUCGGAAUGGUGAAUUCAUCAAGCACAAGCGCACUCACAGCGCGGAUCCUCGACUAUUCAAAUGCGACGACUGCGACAAAGCGUUCACUUGUAAACACAGUCUGGCCAUGCACAAGAAGACGGUUCACCGGAAAGUGAAGGACAGCGCGUGCCUCGAGUGCGGCACGAAGAGUCACAUGGUGCGACAUUUGAGAAGUGUUGAUGCCAAAAUGCGCCACCCCCCCCCUGCCCCCACUGCGGGAAGACAUUCACACGGAAAGGCAAGCUUGGGAUGCAUUUGA